AAAAAUAUAAUUGAUAAAUAUAAAUUUAAAGAAAAAAAUCUGAUAUUUCGAAACACAAUGUUAUGUUACUUGUUACUUUUUCAACACUUGAAUGAUAUAGAUUUUUUUUUGUCUGAUUAUUAAUGUUUUUUUUUUUCUUUUUGGAUGAUGAUUGUCACUUGACAGUCAAAGAGAAUGAAGUUAAUAGUAGAUUUUAUAGUUUAACUAUAGAUAGUUGAAGAUGCUCUUGGAUUUUCUUUCAACUUGCCCGAUUACAAUGUUCAAAUACGUGAUAGACAUGUGUAAAGUUGUGACAAUAAUGAUUGGUCGUAAAGUUUAAAAAAAAAAGAAGGGGACAUCCUCCUGUCAUGUAUAGUUGUCAUUCGAGAGCAUUGACAACUUAGUGUGUUGUAUAGAUAUUAUUUGAAUUUGUAUGAGUUAGACUGGAUGGUGGUUUUAAUGUACGACGUUGAUAAAAGAUAGCCAGUUUAUCCAAAAGGGAACCAGUAUCCACUCGUUGUUCGAGGGGCUCACUGAACAUAUUUUUUUUUUUUUUUUUUUUUUUUUUGCUGAGAAUAACAUUAGCCUCCGUUAUUUGUUUUUAUUAUUAUUUAUUUACUUAUUUAAACAUUUUUUUUAUAUUUUAUUUUUACGUUAAAAUAUCCAAGUUGAAGAAAAAAAAAAUCAUCAUUAAAUCAAAUGAUAAAUAAAUAUACAAUGACAAAAAAAAUAAUCAUUUUCAAGUGUUAAAAAAUAAAAAUAAUAAUAAAAAGUAUUUAAAAAUUGCCAAUGUUGAGGCAAAAUAAUUAUUAUUUUGUAAUUUAUUCAAAAAUAAAUGGAGUGAAAAUGUUGAAAAAAUUGUGGCCAAGUCCAAAAUCAUCGGAUCAACGUUCCCGUGCAACGAUUAAGUGAAAAUAUAUUUUAUCUAUAAUUUAUAUUUUAAAAAAAAUCAACAGCAAUGAAGUAUAAAAUUACAAAUAUUUUAUUUUUAAUUAAAAAACAAUAAAUUAAAAAAUAUAUUACGAGAAAAUUAUAUUUUCAAAAAAACUACCCUUAAAGUAUCUAAGUAUCUAAGUAUAUCAAAACAAAUAUAAAAAAAACAUUAGUAAAAUAAAAAAAAAUAAAUAAAAAUAAAAACUAUGAAGCAUAUUGAAUCAAGAAGACAAUCAAUAUUGAGAGAAGAAUUGAAUAAUCAAGACUGGAGAAUGGUUGAAUUUCGUACAAGUGCUGUAAGACUAGAUCAUCGACCAUCAUCAAGUGUAUUUCAUUAUCGUAUAUUAACAAUAUUAGAUGCAAUAUUUUCAGCAUUUGUUGCUGCACCAACAGUUGUUGGUUAUUGGCGUGGUACAUGGGGUCUAAGUGAUAUUUAUAUAUUACCAGGUGGUAAUAGUAAAUUUGCAUCAAUAAUUAUUGGUUAUAGUGGAUUAUUAAUGUUUAAUAUUGCACAAAAUAAAUUAAAUAAAAUAUUUCAUCCAGAUAAACAUAGAUUAAUAUAUUAUAUUGGAUCACGUAUAUAUACAUGGUUAUUUGGUUUUUUUUGUGUUAAUGCAUGGCGUGGUGGUUGGCAAGCACUUGAUAGUUACACUGGACACAAUACAAUAACAGUCAUAACAACAACAACUAUUGCUAUUAUUGCAUUAACAUCAAUGAAAGCUAUUAGAAAUAUAUCAGCACCACCAUUUGCUCUUAGUCUUGAUUCACAUCCUGGAUAUUUUGAAGUACCAACAAUGUUUCGUGUUGAUAAUACACGUCAUUGGGCUCUUUACGUACUUGAUUGUGCAUUUAGUGUUGGAAUUAUUGGUACACUUGUUGUGUUUGUAUGGCGUGGAAUAUUUGUCUUAUUAGAUCUUCAUCUUUUACCAAAUAAUCGUCAACAUUCAGCAAUAACAUCAGUGAUAAUUGGAUACAUAAUUGUUGCAAUAACAUUUUGUCUUCAGCCAACAAUGCGUUAUACAUGUGGACGUAUGCAAGGAUUAUCACGUUUACUUGUUGCUGAUGCAUUUUUAUUAUUGAGUUUUUCUGGUACAGUUAAUGUUUGGCGUGGAAUAUGGGCUAUAUUGGAUUUAUGGCUAUUACCAAGUAACAUUGAAUUGUCAUGUUGGAUAACACACAUUGGAUGUUUUCUAUUUCUUGGUUUGCUUAAUUGUAGUAAUUCCGUAUUAGUCAGAGGUGUUUAUAUUGAUGCUGAAGAAGAAGAAGGAAGAUGUGUUGUUUUUCCUUGUCACUACUUGAGGCUUUUUUUCAAGAUUGAGAGGGAAAAGAAAGAGGCGAGACGUAGAAAUAUUGGUUCAAUAUCAAGAAAUUUUCCUCAUAAUAAUCAUGAAAAAGAUGUGGAUAAUGGUACACUAUUAAAUCGAACAACUAUUCCAACAAUAAUUCCAGCAAAUUCAGAAAAUAACGUGUGAAAAAAAAUAAUAGUUAUAGAAAAAAAUAAAAAACUUAUACACAGUGACACAGAGUGAAAAAGUUUUAAAUUAAUUUAAAAAAAAAUAUAAAAUGUAAAAAAAAAAAUUUAAAGUGCCUUGAAUGAAUGAAUUUAAUAUAGUGAUUAUUUUUUUGAAUAAAUAAUAUUAUUUUCAAGUGUGAAUAAUAAUUAAAAUUACAAAAAAAAAAUACUCCGUUUUGAAGAAAUAUUUAAACAGGAAGAUAAACAUUUCGUUUCAAUUUCUAUUUUAAGUUUUAAUUAAAUUGUGACAUGUGAAAUGAUUUUUAAAAAAAAUAUGUAUAUAGUCAAAUUUUAAUGCAUAUAAAAGAUAUUUUUGUUGAAAAAAAUAAAAGAUUAUUUGUUGUUAAUUUUCAUAGUCUAUAUUUAAAAGAAAAAUUAAUAAUUAUACAGUAUUGAAAAAUAAAAAUAAUUUAUUUUUGAUUUAAUUUAAUCAAUCAUAUUAAUAAUGAAUAAUAAUUAUAAAAAAAAAUAUAUUUAUUUGUAAAAAAUUAAAAAUGUUUUAUUAAAUUGAAAUAAAUUUCAAAGAAAAAAAAAAAAAAAUUACAUGCCUUAAAAAAC